GUCGUUCUUACAGCGUGUUCUCUCAGCGUAUGUUGAAUCAGUGUCUGGAGUCACUAGUGCAGAAAAUCCAGAGUGGAGUGGUGAUAAACUUUGAGAAAACUGGGCCUGACCCGCCUCCUUUAGAGGAUGCUCCGGUUGAGGCGGUGAAGUCUGGCCCACAGGCUUGGCACUGUUGUCACAAGCUGAUCUACGUACGACCCAACCCGAAAACUGGUGUCCCCAUCGGUCACUGGCCCAUCCCCGAGGCCUUCUGGCCGGACCAGAACUCCCCCACAUUG